GCGCGGAGCCGCGCCUCCUCCCCGGGUCCCGCGGGGCUUCUUCCUUUUUCUACCUGGACGUGCACGUGAGCUCAAGCAUGUCCGCCUGGUUACUCUCAGCUUCCAAGCUGGUUCCCGCCGUCGCAGGUGCCCGAGGCCUCUCAGGAUGCAGGGCCUGUUGCCAGCGAAGAUACUCCCUGGCAGGCCUAUCCCAGAGAGGAGAGUUCCCAAACCGCUACUUGGGCCAGCCCAGCCCUUUCACACACCCAUACCUCCUCAGGCCAGGGGAGUUAACGCCAGGACUGUCCCAGGAGGAAUAUGCACUUCGCAGACACACGCUGAUGUCCCUGAACAAGGAGACACAGGGGCAGAGUGGGACAGACCAGACGUGUGUGCUACUGUCAAACACUACGUACUACAUGAGCAACGACAUCCCCUACACAUUCCACCAGGACAACAACUUCUUGUACCUGUGAGGGUUCCAAGAGCCUGACAGCUUUCUGGUCCUUCAGAGCCUCCCUGGCAAGCAGUUACCCAGCCACAAGGCAGUACUUUUUGUGCCACGGAGAGACCCCAGUCGAGAACUUUGGGACGGCCCAAAGCUGGGGGCCGAUGGGGCCAUAGCUCUGACUGGGGUGGACGAAGCCUACAUGCUGGAAGAGUUUAGCAAUCUGAUCCCCAGGAUGAAAGCUGAGACAAAUACGGUCUGGUAUGACUGGAUGAGACCAAGCCACGCACAGCUUCACUCUGACUACAUGCAGCCUCUGACUGAGAUCAAAGCCAAGAGCGGGAACAAGGUUCGGGCUGUCCAGCAGCUGAUCCAGCGCCUCCGGCUGAUCAAAUCUCCUGCAGAAAUUGGGCGAAUGCAGAUUGCUGGCAAGCUGACUUCAGAGGCUUUCAUAGAGACUAUGUUUGCCAGUAAAGCUCCUGUGAAUGAAGGUUUCCUAUACGCCAAGUUUGAAUUUGAAUGCCGGGCCCGUGGUGCAGACAUCCUCGCCUACCCACCUGUGGUUGCUGGAGGGAACCGCUCCAAUACUCUGCACUAUGUGAAGAACAACCAGCUUAUCAAGGAUGGGGAGAUGGUGCUACUUGAUGGAGGCUGUGAGACGUCUGGCUAUGUGAGUGACAUCACCCGUACUUGGCCUGUCAAUGGCAGAUUUACAGCACCGCAGGCAGAACUGUAUGAAGCUGUUCUUGAGGUCCAACGAGAUUGUCUGACGCUCUGCUCUCCCGGGACAAGCUUAGAGAACAUCUACUCCAUGAUGCUGACCCUAAUUGGGCAGAAGCUCAAAGAGCUGGGCAUCCUGAGGAACCUGAUGGAUGGUAAUGCCUUUAAGGUGGCUCGAAAAUACUGCCCGCAUCAUGUUGGCCAUUACCUGGGUAUGGACGUCCAUGACACUCCAGACAUUCCCCGCUCCCUCCCGCUGCAGCCUGGCAUGGUUAUCACAGUGGAGCCAGGCAUUUAUAUCCCGGAAGAUGACAGAAAUGCCCCGGAGAAGUUCCGUGGCCUGGGUGUGCGGAUCGAAGAUGAUGUGGUACUGACUGACGAAUCACCGCUCAUCCUUUCUGCAGACUGUCCCAAGGAGCUGCAUGACAUCGAGCAGAUUUGCAGCAAGGCUCCUUGA